CCCUGGAAAGGAGAACGUCCCGGGCAGAGGGACUUCCCUGGAACGGAGGAGGUCCCGGGAAAGGGGACAUCCUGGGAAAGGGGACAUCCUGGGAAAGGGGACAUCCCGGGCAAGAGAACAACCCGUGCAGGUGGACAAGCCGGGCAAGGGGUAGAGCUCGGGCAAGGGGACACGGGGGACAGAGGGGACAUGGACCCGUGUCCUGGGCCUGGGGACACAGGGCUAGAGAGGGAGAGGGAGAGGGAGGGGAAGAGCCUCGGCAUAGACAGCGGCUCCCGGGACCGCGAGGGGACAGGAGGGGACAUGGAGGCAACCGGGGAUCCGAAUCCCAGUCCUGGGAGCACAGAGACAGCCUGGGGACACGGGAAGACACGAGGGGACAGGAUGCUUGGUAGAGCCCAGGGAUGUCCCCAGCCGGGGACCCUGGGGACACCGUCGGGAGCAGCACCGGGCGGUUGCCGGGUGACUGUUGCCACCCCGAGGUCCCCGGUCACACCCCGAAGGGCGGGCUCCCACUGGGGACACGGGGGAGGGUGACACAUUUGUGCCACUUCUCGUGGAGGGUGGCAGUGGCAGGGAUGGGGUCACGGCUGUCCCAUGUCCCCACUGGCUGUGCCGUGCCGUGCCACGCCAUGCCAUUCCCCGGGUGCCAUUCCCUGGGUGCCACGCCGUGCCACGCCAUGCCGUUCCCCGUGUCCCAUUCCAUGUCGUGCGGGGAGGUCGCGAAUAGCUCCCGGGGCCUGCCCUGACAUUUGUGCUCCGCGGUGUCAGUUUUACAGCCGGCCCCGGGUGACCCCGGGCUGGCCCCGUCCCUGCCCCCGGUCACUCGUCCCCUAUCCCCCUACCCUUGUCCUGCUCCCCACCCCAGCCCCUUGUCCCCGUCUCCCAGCGGUGGCACCUCGGCCCCGCCACCCUCGCCCCCGCUGUCCCCUUCGUUGUGCCACCCCCUUCGGUGUCCCGGUCCCCCCGGUGCUCCCGGUCCCGCCCCGCCCCGCCCCGCCCGAGCAGGACACGGCGCCGCCGCCACCGCCGGGACCGGAGCGGGCAGAGCCGCUGCUGGAGCUGCGACAGCACCGGCACCGACACCGGGAAACCCCGCCAGACCCCGACACCGCCGGGAGCGGAGUGGGCAGAGCCGCUGCCGGGUGCGACAACACCAGGACAGAGCGACACCGACAGACAGACACCGACAGACACCGGCACCGGCACCGCCGCCCCUGUGUCACCAGGAUGCUCUCGACGUCCCAGCCGAGCCCGGAGCGGGUGCCCAGCCCGGAGGAGCAGGAGUGGGCAGGGCCCGAGGCGCUGUGCCCGGGCUGGCUGGAGGACGAGGCCCCCGAUGGCGAAGUGCCCGGGGACAGCGGGGACCCCGACGGUGCCACCCACGCCUACGAGCGGCUCCAGAGCGCCCUGUGCCAGGAGGGGCUGCCCCCCACGCUGGACUGCUCCGCGGAGCCCCGCACGGGAUUUGGCCCGCUGGACAUGACCGUUUGCAUCCUGGGCUCCCCCAUCCCCUUCCUGCCGGUCCUGCUGGAGGGUGGCACCCGCUGCCCAGGUGCCAUGGUGCUGUGCCUGUCCCCCACCUGGGCCAGCCGGGUGCCAUCGGAGUCGUCCCCAGGCGCCUGGUCCCUGCUGCUCUCCCGGGGCGUCUCCUUCAAGGUGGGGGGGCACAGCGCCCUGGAGACCUUCGUGCCCCCCCGCCGCGCCAACUACGUGACGGGCACCUUCGCGCCGGGGGACCAAGAGGGCGGCUGGGUGGGCGAGCUGGCCCGUGACCUCGACUGCCCCACGGGGGGCUCGGUCCCGCUCGCCCACCGCCUCGAGGACACGCUGGUCACCCGCUGCGUGCUGGCGGCUCACACCAACCUGCCCGUGCCCCCCACCCUGGCCUUCGUCCUGGGGGCCAGGGAGGACCUGCCCGCCGAGCCCGUGGCCCCCGGGGUGAGGCUGGUGCGGCUGCAGGACCCCCAGGGCCAGCAGAGCCUGGUGCAGGAGGAGGUGGGCACCUUCCUGGGGGGCACCGCCAUGGAGCCCUACGGCGCUGUGCCGGGCACCUGCCGGGAGCGGGGGCACCCGGAGGGGGUGGGGACAUCCCGGUCCUGGGUCUGCACUCCCAGGGCACCCUGGCACCCCCGGCACGGGGAGGUGCCCCCGGCUGUGCUGAGCUGGCACAGGAUUACACUAAGCCGGAGGUGCCGAGGCCACCGGGGCUGGCACCGAGGGGACAACCUGAGGCCACCGUGA